CCGAUUCGACCGCGCAUGCUCGGCCAAUACCUCGAGACGACCCAGUUAUGCACACGAUCUUGUUUGCUAGCAAAGCCAUAGCCAAACGACUCAAGAAAUAUCUCUCUCUAUAUACAGCGCCAUGCGGAAUCCCGGGAUAAAGUGCGGAUGGACGGUGUCAACCGGUCCGCGAACUGGGUCUUCUGUCAUCUUGUGCUCCUCAUGACUUCCGCACAAGCUCAUCUUGAUAUCUAUAAUCGUGGAACGUGACUCGAACCAAGGGCCAUUGGGAUUGUUAUUCGGCUACUGCUCCCCGCUGUGGAUUUAUAAGGACCCAUGAUAAAGGGAAAUAGGUAUUCUACAAGCGUGCUCUCCUCUCCAGACUUGAAUUCAUUAUGGGACAAGCCAAGAUGUGCGUGUCUGAUUGUCUUAGAACGCUACGAGGAUCUUGAAAUAUGCUGCAGCUACUAUGACUCUGACGCGGACCUAGGUGUCCUGAGUAACAAGAAGAUUGUGUUCCUCGGCUUUGGAAAUCAGGGAUCUGCACAAGCGCAGAACUUGCGCGACAGUGGCAUCCCUAAUGAUCAAAUCCUGAUUGCCAACCGGGUGGAUUCGUAUGCUGAGACUGCGAAAUCUAAAGGCUUUCACGUUGAACACGACUUUGCAAAAGCUGCCAAAGUUGCAGACGUCCUUUUUAUCCUGAUACCAGACCAGGUCCAACCCCGCGUGUUUAAUGAGCAAUUCUCACCCAAAUUGAAGAGUAAUGCCACCAUUGUUGUUGCUUCCGGGUACAACGUUUUCUUCAACUUGUUAAGAUUCCAGCCAGGGCAGGAUGUCGUGAUGGUUGCUCCACGGAUGAUCGGCUCUUCAGUGCGCUCUCUCCACGAGAAAGGUCGUGGUUUCCCUUGCUUUGUUUCUGUCGAGCAGAACGGGACCGGCAAAGGCUUGGAUGCAGCUCUUGCACUCUCCCGCGCCAUUGGUGCAACCAAACAGGGAGCCAUUGCUUCUUCAGUGCGGGAAGAGACUGUGAUGGAUCUCUUCGCUGAACAGGCUCUCUGGCCCAACAUCAUUAUGAUGUUCAGGGAAGCUUUCAAUGUCCUCAAGGAUGCUGGAUGCUCGGACGAGGCUCUUUGCUACGAAAUGUGGAUGUCGAAAGAACCCGCAGAGAUCUUCGAGCGAGCCGCAGAUGAUGGUUUCGUCGCACAGCUCAAGCACCACUCUACUGUCUCUCAGUACGGUCAACUGAGUGGUUCACUUAAGCUCGAAGGAGGGGCCAUGCGGGAACACUUCAAGGACAUCCUGUACAACCAGAUAUUGAGCGGCAAGUUCUGCGAGGCUUUCAGCCAAAUCGAGGAUGAUCUCGACGAGGAAGGUGAUACGAACCCCCUGAAUGAACUGUAUAAACGAUCGGAGGAAAUGGAGCUCGUCAAGGCUGAGAAGCGCGUCAGAGCAAGAUUGGCUGGGCUUUUGUAGAUAUUUUUCAUCGAACAGGCACCUGACCCUAUGUACGGCCACAUUUAAGUACUUACAUGCGUAGUGACUCUAUCUCCCUUCGUACACUGUCUGUAUCCAAAAAUCGUAUUUAUGCGUGUGGCUGU